GCCGGGAAAGGGUCGCGGGAGCGGCCGGCCGAGGCGCUGGGGCUGCGGCGCAGGGAGGCCUCAGGCCCUGGACCUGGAGCUGGCGGUUGGUGCGGGGCGGGGGCGCAGGGCCGGCAAGGAGAGUGGCGCCGGAGCCCCAAGACAUGGCGCGGCAGGACAGCGAGGAGGAGGCAGCAGAGGGGCCGGGGCACCCUCACGCGAAUGGAUACCUUCCGGUCUUGGGGGAGGCGGCCCUCGGGGAGGUGGGCGCGGAGCUGCAGGACGGCCCCAAAGCCGGCUGCCUGGCCCUGAACGGGGGCCCUCUGGACAGCCCUGUAGCCCCCUCGGAAACCCUGACCGGGCCGCAGACUCCGCUGGCCCCGGAGGAGGAGACCCAGGCCCGGCUGCUGCCCGCGGGCCCCGGUGAGGGGACCCCGGGGGCCGAGGACACCCCAGUGCCCCGGAUAGCGCUCUCCGCGCUGCGCUUCGUGGUGCUGCUGAUCUUCAGCCUGUACUCGCUGGUGAACGCCUUUCAGUGGAUCCAGUACAGCAUCAUCAGCAACGUGUUCGAGGGUUUCUACGGCGUGUCCUCGCUGCACAUCGACUGGCUGUCCAUGGUGUACAUGCUGGCCUACGUGCCCCUCAUCUUCCCAGCCACCUGGCUGCUGGACACCCGAGGCCUGCGGCUCACCGCGCUGCUGGGCUCCGGCCUCAACUGCCUGGGCGCCUGGGUCAAGUGCGGCAGCGUGCAGCAGCAUCUCUUCUGGGUCACCAUGCUGGGCCAGUGCUUGUGCUCUGUGGCCCAGGUGUUCAUCCUGGGCCUGCCCUCCCGCAUCGCCUCAGUGUGGUUUGGGCCCAAGGAGGUGUCCACAGCUUGCGCCACCGCUGUCCUGGGCAAUCAGCUGGGAACUGCUGUCGGCUUUUUGCUGCCACCGCUUCUGGUGCCCAACACGCAGAAGAACACCCAUCUCCUGGCGCACAACAUCAGCACCAUGUUUUACGGGACCUCGGCCAUCUCCACACUUUUGUUCAUUCUAACGAUAAUCGCAUUCAAAGAAAAACCUCAGUAUCCUCCGAGUCAGGCUCAAGCAGCGCUCCAAGACAGCCCCCCUGAAGACUACUCCUAUAAGAAAUCCAUAAGGAACCUGUUUAAAAAUGUUCCUUUUGUCCUUCUGUUGAUCACUUACGGUAUCAUGACUGGAGCAUUCUACUCGGUCUCAACACUAUUAAAUCAAAUGAUAUUGACACAUUAUGAGGGAGAAGAAGUGAAUGCUGGAAGGAUUGGGCUAACACUGGUGGUAGCUGGAAUGGUGGGCUCUAUUAUUUGUGGCUUGUGGCUGGAUUACACCAAAACAUACAAACAGACUACUCUGAUAGUUUACAUCUUGUCUUUUGUUGGAAUGGUUGUGUUUACUUUUACACUGGACCUUGGCCACCUCAUCAUCGUGUUUGUUACUGGAGGGGUACUUGGUUUCUUCAUGACUGGUUACCUUCCCUUGGGUUUUGAAUUUGCUGUUGAAAUCACUUACCCUGAGUCUGAAGGUACUUCAUCCGGACUUCUUAAUGCUGCUGCACAGAUAUUUGGAAUUCUGUUCACAUUGGCACAAGGCAAGCUCAUAUCAGAGUACGGUCCUCUGGCAGGGAACCUUUUCCUCUGUGCUUGGAUGCUUGUAGGCAUCAUUUUAACAGCAUUAAUCAAGUCUGAUCUGAGAAGACACAACAUAAAUAUAGGAAUUAAAAACGAUAUUCAAGCUUUGCCUAUUGACAGUCCCACAGAUCAAGAACCAAAAACUGUUAUGUUGUCCAAGCAGUCGGAAUCAGCAAUUUGAGAUGAAAGGAAAAGUUAAAUAAUGUCCAAAUAUCAUGUGAGAACUGGGUACAAUGGAAUGAUGCUUGGAGAAAUAUCUGAGCAGUGAAGCUUGUUUUUUAGAUCAUGGGGUAUACACACUUACUUGACCAUUAUUAGAUGAACUCUGAAUGUACCAUGUCUUUUGCAUAAAGCCUAUAACAUUAUCUUAACACUACCAUUUAUCCAAUGAAUGUCUCAUUUUUAGUUUUAUAUUGUCUGUCUGAAAGUAAGCUUCCUGACAUUUAUUUUU